AUGUCGUCAUCGUAUAACUCAUUAUAUAGUGCUGAUUAUUUCAACAACAACAACUACGACGAUCACGAGCCAGUAAUCAUCGUCUCAAAAUCUGAGAAUCUUUUCGUCGAGUUCAAAUCAGACGGUCAGCUGCAAGGGCGCGGCUUCAAGGCAGUCUACAGAUUUCUUAAAGACAACAGCAACGACAAUGGCGACAACAAUGAUGACGUCAGCGACGACGAAGCCAACAACAACAACAACGACAACAACAACAACUACAACAUUAAUAAUUUCAAUUUUAACCCCGAAGAGUUCUUUGACAACAGCGACCUCAGAGCCAUUGACAGGAAUAAAGUUUAUAACAAUUAUUAUUACAAUAAUUAUAACAACGAUAUAAAUGUCAAUAGUAAUAAUAAUAGCUAUAAUAAUAAUAAUAACAAUAAUAAUAAUAAAUAUAACGGGGCGAUCGAAAAGCAGCAGCAGCAGCAGCAACAACGACACAUCAUAUCAGAUUAUUUGAAUAUUGGUAACAACAACAACAACAAUAAUAAUAAUAACAAGAGCAACGACAAAAGUAAGUGUUGA